GAUUUAUAAGGCGCCAGGGACCUCGUCUUGCCGAUCCAGCGUCUCCGGGGUCCUCGUUUCAUUCUCGUCCAGACAACGCCUCCCCGAACGGCCGUGGAGAGGACACCAUGGCGCCUAACAACUAUGCUCCCGGGGAGCCGUUGCUGAGCAACAACGCUACGACGUCCAGCACGGGCAUCACGCAAUGCCUCCCGCCUUCCUACGGGUCCAUGUCAUCACCCAUCGACAAGAACGACUGCCACAUAGACAUACGCCCGUCCCAGGAGGAACUCGAUGUUGAUGUCCAGGAUGGCGUUCAGCAAGCAGACGCCGUCAACCUUGUCUGGUCAAAGGGUGCUCUGGCCGUUGCUUACUGCUUCAUCUUUAUGUGCUCAUUUGCAAACACCCUGCAAUGGCAAAUCAUGUCAAAUCUCAUGCCUUAUGUCGUCAGCGAGUUCUCCUCCCAUUCGCUCAUUCCCACCAUUGGCAUUGUCGCCUCCGUAAUGUCGGGUGUUCUGAAGCUCCCAGUCGCGCGCAUGAUUGACAGCUGGGGGAGACCUCAAGGCCUGGCCGCCAUGAUCCUGCUCGCCACCACGGGCCUUGUCCUUAUGGCUUUCAGUUCAAACGUCAAGACGUAUGCAGCUUCCGAGGUUGUAUAUCAAAUCGGCAUUAGCGGCUUCUCCUACGUCCUAGACAUCAUCGUGGCCGACACUUCGUCCCUUAAGAACCGAUCGAUAGCAUUUGCUUUCAACUCAUCACCAGCACUUCUUACCACCUUUAUUGGGCCUGUCCUCGCCAAGCUCUUUUACACAUACAGCACUUGGCGAUGGGCUUUUGUGUCCUCUGCUGUGUUGUUCGUCAUCAUGUCAUUACCCAUCCUGGCCAUCUUGAUGGGUAAUGUUCGGAAGGCUAGGGAUCGUGGGCUGCUCGCGGUUGCACCAAAGUCUGAGCCAUGGACGGCCAAACGUCUCUCCAAAGUCCUCAAACACAACGAUGCUAUCGGCGUUGUCCUUAUCACGGUCGGGCUGACCUUGAUCCUCGUUCCAUUCUCCCUGACUGGAUCGACGAGCAGUGAGGAUCUGCGCACCAACGCCUUCCUGGUCUUUAUCGGCUUCAACUUUAUGAUUAUCUUCACGAUUCACGAACGAUACGCGUCACGACCCAUCCUCGAAUUCUCCCUCCUGUUCUCCCGCAACGUCGCCGGCGCAUGCCUGCUCAGCAUCACUAUAUUCAUCGCAUACUUCUCUUGGGAUGGUUAUUACACAUCAUAUCUACAGGUCGUUCAUGAUCUCAGCAUCACCGAGGCCGGUUACAUCGGCCACAUCUACGGGCUGGGCUCGUGCAUCUGGGCCGGUGUGGUCGGCUACCUGAUCCGGCGCAGCGACCGCUUCAAAUGGAUUGCCUGGGCGGCUCUCCCGGUACACAUCCUCGGCGGCGUUGCCAUGAUCCUCGUCCGCCGGCCGGACACGCAUCUAAGCUGGCUCAUUGGCGUGCAAAUCCUCAUCACCAUCGGAGGCUCCUCCCUCAUCAUCUGCUGCCAGAUGGCCGUCAUGUCGGCUGCGAGCCACGGACAGCUCGCCUCCGCGCUCGCCCUGUUCUCGCUGUCAUCAUACAUCGGCUCCGCCAUGGGCAGCUCCCUCAGCGGCGCGAUCUGGAACAGCACGCUUCCCGGCGCUCUGGCCGACUUACUUCCCGACCUGUCCCCCGUCGAGCGCGCGAGCAUCGCCUCCGAUCUGGCCAAGCAGCUGAGCUACCCCAUGGGCCACCCGAUCCGGGCCGCCGUGAUUGCCGCGUACGACAUGGCGCAGGUACGCAUGUGCAUCACUGGCGCGCUCGUGUCGCUUCUGGAGGUGCUCGCCGUCGCGAUCUGGAGGGAUGUGAGCGUGAGCGGGUCGAGCCAGGUCAUGGGAACUGUGUUGUGAUGGGAGGGACUCGUCUGCUCGGAGACACAAAGGAUUUCUGGAUGAGGCGAGGUUUGCUCCAUUUUCUUUUCGGGUUGAGGCGUUUUGCGAUACACGACAUUCUCUGUAUUCUUUUGGGAUUUUCUGCAUAUUGCAUUUUCCCCCGCUACACGAACCUGCGCGACCUUACACGACCACCCGACACGAUCAAGAAAGCAUCAGCAUAGACUUUUUUGCAUGAUAGAUGAUACACAUGACGAUACCCCGAUGAAUAGAACACCAUCUUGGAAUUCCUACCUUAUGCAUCAGCAAAUUGUCGCACUGAACCCGCAGUCGAGUGAAUGGGCCCGU